GGUUUCUACAAGGGAGGGAAAUUCGUCUUCAGCUUUAAGGUCGGCCAGGGCUACCCCCACGACCCCCCCAAGGUGAAGUGCGAGACGAUGGUCUACCACCCCAACAUCGACCUGGAGGGCAACGUCUGCCUCAACAUCCUCAGGGAGGACUGGAAGCCCGUCCUGACGAUAAACUCCAUCAUCUACGGCCUGCAGUACCUCUUCCUGGAACCCAACCCCGAGGACCCCCUGAACAAGGAGGCGGCGGAGGUGCUGCAGAGCAACCGGCGCCUCUUCGAGCAGAACGUGCAGCGCUCGCUGCGGGGGGGCUACGUCGGCGCCACCUACUUCGAGCGCUGCCUCAAGUAGCCCCCCCCCCCCCGUUUUUUUUUGCCCCCCCCCCCGUUUUUUUUGCCCCCCCCCUUUUUUUUUGGCCCCCCCCCCCCAUUU